AGGAGCCGCAGGGGCUGGAGCCGGAGGGGCUGAGCGCGGCAGGUACACGGGCCGCCAAACGUGCAUCGGGAACAGUGCUGCUCCUCCCCGCCGAUGGGCCCGCGAAAUGGCCAAGGGCUGGUAAAUGAACCGUCCUGCACGGUGCUGGAAGCGCGCAGGGUUCCUCCAGUAGUACACCUCGCCAGGGCUUAUAAAGAAUUAAAAUGGGAAUUUAGGCCAACUGUGCCAAAAAUGAGCAACUGAUAAUAGUAUCCCAUAGUCUUAACUGGCUGGACUUUUCCCUUUCUCCCUACGCUUCCUGGGAAGCGCUGUGCCCCGGGGCAUGCGCACGGCGAGUGACAGCGCCGGGGCACGUGGAGCGCUGGGGCCGCGUCUGGAGGCUCGAAAGCAGGAAGGUCCUGUGCAAAGACCUGGGUACUGCUGCCAUCGCCUUGAUAACAUUGCACUGAUGGAAUCAUGCCUACAGUUGAAGAGCAUUCAGGUUUGCUGAAGGUACCUCAGAACUGACUUCUUAAUAAAGUGACCAUACAGGAUCAAAGAAAAACGAUCUUCUGUUUUUCAGAUAUUUGAGUUUGUUGUCUGUAACAGCAUGGUUUUCUGUGAAAAGUGAAAGAAGAAUCUUUCUGGACAGUUUACAUCUGGCUGGUAGGAUUAGCAAAAUGCUUUGUUUGAGGCAGGUUUGCUUGCUCACACUGAGGCGUUACCAAGCUCGGGCUCUGUGUAGUGAUGGGCUUCUGAGCCAGAUAAAUGGCUGCACCCAUGAAGAUGAAGUGUUCAACCUUGUUGGAAGAAACAAGGCCAGACUUUCUGAAAAGCACGUGGGAAUUGCAUUGAACAUGCUGUGGCAAUUGCAAAAGAAGAGGUCCUUUCUCUCAAGGACUACUGACUAUGUAAGAAAUCACUCCCAGUUUCUCACCCUUUGCAUUUUGGCAGAAAACAAGGUGGAACUCAUGGAAGAUGAGGUGAUAGUGGACAAUUUAUAUAGCAUCCUGAGGCUCAAUGUUGAAGACCACGUUUCUCUAACAAAAGUGCUUGUUACAGAAGCAUGGAAAAGAUUAGAAAGGCUUAGCUUGCCUUGUCUGUCUAAAUUCGCUCUGUGCUUAUACAAGCAGCACAGGCACUUCAGUCCCAUAAUUGGCCAAGUAGCUCAUAUUGUGGACAUGAAACUGGAUUCUAUACAGGAUAUAAGGAUCUUGUCAGUGUUGAUGAUCAGCAUAUCUGAAGUUAUCACAGAGAGUUUUCGAGAUCGAUUACUACACAAGGCCGAACAGCUCUUAGAAGAAGAGCAUGAAGUCCACUUGAACUAUGCCAGAAGAAUACUACAGUUUCUCCAAAAUGUUAAACUGAGAUAUCAUCCAGUGCUAGAAAAAUGCAACAGGAUUUUCCUUAAAAGUGCCUCCCAUCUUGAUAUACACAGUAUUAGUCAUAUUUUUGGACUGUAUGAGCAGCUGGGUUUUGGCAGUGCUGAAUUUCGCUUGAUUGCUAAACAGCUGCUAUCUGAAGCUAUAGAUGAUUAUUAUGAUCCUGAAACAUUUGCAAAGUUAUUUUUUUCUCUUGGGCCUUUGGCAGGACCCAAGGUUAGAGAAAGGUUGCUGAUAACUGCAGUAAACAUGGCAGAGGAAUUUAGCAGUCACCAAAUAUUGAUGAUACUGAAAACUAUGCGGAAAAUGAAAUGCAGAAAUUCUCAUCUACUCAAAAAGAUGGCUUCUGUUCUGCACAGACACUUGGACAGCUAUCAUGUAUUACAGUUGGUGAAGUUAACCCAGUACUUGGUGGUGUUGCAUUGCCAGGAUGUGGAGCUGUUUGCCAAACUAAAAAUGUUACUACUAGGUUAUUUAAAAUCUAGUGUGAUACCUGCAGAUACUGCAGCUGUAAUUCGUGUUCUGGCCAUGCUUCCUUCUUUCCAAGUGGAGGAAAUUAUUAUAAACAAAGCAGCAGCAGUUUUGCCUCAAUGCAGACUGCAUCAUUUGAAUUGCAUUGCUACGGCUCUUGUCAAGUGGAAUCAUCAUGGCCAGUUUCACUGGCAAAACAGCUCUGAGCUAUGUGCCAAGCUUCUGCAAAAACUCAAUGACUGUGCAUUUCAGAGGCUUCAGAAAGCCAACAGCUUAAAUCUUCUGCUGGAAGAGCUUCCAUAUAUGAAUGGAGAGUGGUUUGAAGAAGUCCUGAAUGAGGAAACUCUGGCCAUGUGUCAGCACUUGAUAGAUCAAAUAACAUGGGCAAAUGUUUUACCCCUGUGUUUUUUUCUCAUCAAAUCAGAGCACCGUUGUCCUGCAUUAUUUGACAGAAUAGCAUCUGUGACUGUUGAAAACAUAGACAAGAUUCUCACCUCUGAAAUCUAUUUUAUUCUCUUCCUUUUCUCUGCUUUGAAUUAUGACCCUCCUGACAAUGAAGAAUUCUUUAAGAGUUGUAUCCAACAUCUUACUUCUAACUUGAGUCAUCUUGAAAAUUAUCACUUGGUGCUGCUUGGUCAUGUUUUGGCAAUGGCUGGGUAUUUUCCUCCAGUUCUGAUAACGACCAUAUUUAAUGUUUCUUUCCUAAGCAAACUGGAUGCUCAACUUAAAGUCCUGCCUGAUAUGGUGAAGCAGAGGGUCCACUCGAGCCUCAUGAAAUUGAACAGAGCAGUCUGUCUGGAAUGCCCAGAGUUUCACAUCCCUUGGUUUCAUGAGCCAUACUGUCAACGUGUCUUUCAUAACAGCAUGAGCCAAAUAAAUCCACAGCGACAGCACAUUCACAGAAUGCUGACAGAGAUCUUAGGAGGGAGCCAUUACUCAAGAGUAUCUGUUCUCACACCGUACUACUAUGAAAUAGAUUUUGAGUGUGUCCUGGAUGUAAAUAAAAAGCCUCUUUCCUAUAUGGCUCAGAAUAUAGCUUUGGGUGGUGUGGGGGAAAUACCCUUGAGACAUGACUUCAAGGAUGAAUGGAGAAAGGCUCUCCCACCAGGAGCUCAAAGAAUUGCUUUGGAAUUUCUUGAUUCAAAAGCUUUUAGCAAAGAUUAUUCACGUCAUCUGAAAGGAGAACCUGCAGUGAAAAAGCGACACCUGGAAAUGCUGGGGUACCGAGUCGUUCAGAUUCCUCACUUCGAAUGGAAUUCCAUGGUUCUGUCAACAAAAAGUGAACAGCUGGAAUACCUGAGACAGCAGCUGUAUGGAAUACAGUGAUAUCAGACAUGCAGUCUAAAGUAUUUUUAUAAAAACAGUUUAUGUAUAAUCAAA